UUGUAUCGUUCCAAAUUCGGUUUAAUAAUGCAAAACGAACAUUCGCGUAAGCAGGGAAGAAAAUUAGACAGAAAAAUGAAAAAAUCACAACAUGUUGUCGAAAAACAAACUGGUAUCACAUGCACUAAUAACGUUACGAAGAACUUGGUGAUAUGUAACUCGGGACUCGUGAAUGGACUCUCUGAAGACGAAAUAUUUCAACAUUUCGGUGAAUAUGGCCCUUUGGAAAAGAUCAAGAUGAUGACGGGAAAGUCUUGCGCGUUCAUUUCAUUUAAAACGAUAGAUGGUGCUGCACGGGCAUAUGAAAGUAUUAAUGGAAAAUUAAAUCUUGCCCAAGAUGGCAAACCGUUGCUAUUAUCCUUUGUUCAAGAAUUGCCGGAAAAUUCUAAUUGUAAUAAUGAUCUUCCACCUGGACUAAUAAUCAUCGAGGACUUCGUUACAGAAAAAGAAGAGGAAUUAUUGCUGGGUUUGGCGUGCUUCGACGACCAAGACAAUAGUUCCACGCUGAAGCAUCGCCAAGUAAUGCACUACGGCUAUGAGUUCAGAUAUGACAACAACAAUGUUGAUAAAGACAAACCCUUACCGGGCGGUGUUCCUGAAAAGUGCGAUUUUUUGUGGGCUCGUUUAAAGGAACGUGGUUAUUCGGAUCACUUUCAACCCGAUCAGCUUACCAUAAAUAAGUAUCAACCUGGCCAGGGAAUUCCCCCUCACAUCGACACACACAGCGCAUUUCAAGAUCCCAUUCUAUCAUUAUCCCUCUCCUCUUCCAUCAUAAUGGAAUUCCGUCACGACAAUGGAAUGCACAUACCUAUCUUCUUAAAACGAAGAUCAUUGCUGAUCAUGUCCGGCGAGUCAAGGUACAAUUGGACCCAUGGUAUCACCCCGAGAAAAACCGAUAUAGUUUCCCUGCCAUCCGGAUUGAAAGUUCUGCAACGUGCCACCAGGGUUUCGUUUACCUUUCGAACAGUUUUAAUGGGCGAGUGUAAAUGUAGGUUCACCCAGAGAUGCGACACAUACCUGACUAGCAGUGCCAAUGAGCUCGUUAAUCGAUCAGCCUCCCAGUUAGAAAAAGCUCACGUUCACGAAAUAUACGAGAAUAUUGCGGACCAUUUUAGUGAUACACGUCACAAACCAUGGCCGAAUGUGGUCAAUUUUAUUGAUUCAUUCGAAUUAGGCUCUGUUUUGAUGGAUGCUGGAUGUGGAAAUGGAAAAUAUUUAAAGUGUAACGAGCGUAUAUUUAAGGUGGGUUUUGAUUCAAGCACAUCUCUAAUAAGUCUUUGCCAAGAAAGAGGGCUACAUGUGUUUACCAGUAAUUGUCUCAAUAUUCCGUUUAGAGAUGAAAGUGUAGAUGGAGCGAUUAGUAUUGCAGUAAUUCACCAUCUGGCAAACUCAGAAAGGAGACUGAAAGCAAUUGAAGAAUUGGUACGAGUUGUAAGAAUAAACGGAAGAAUUUUAAUAUAUGUCUGGGCUAAGGAUCAAUGCAAAGAGCAAAAAUCGAGCUAUCUUAAGCAAGAUCGGAGAAACAGGAAGGAUGACAAAAAACUGGAAGACAAAGUAGAAAAGGUUGCUGUAACUGAAGCUAACAUCACUUUACCAGUACACACGAACCGAACACAAUUUCAACAUCAAGAUGUGUUGGUGCCAUGGAAAUUGAAAGAACGAAAUACGGAAGACGACAGUCAAUCGGAAAAACUAUUUUUAAGGUUCUAUCAUGUUUUUGAUGAGGGUGAGUUAGAAGAAUUAUGUAAUAAUGUAGUUAAUGUUGAAAUUGUUAAGACAUACUAUGAUCAGGGGAAUUGGUGCAUUCUAUUAAAGAAAGUCAAAAAAUGAUUUAACAAUAAUAUA